CUUAAUCGUUUGAUAUUUGUUGAAAAAAAAUUUUUUUUCAUAACUAUUGUGUACAAAGUAAACAUCAUAUCAAUUUCAAUUACAUAAAUCUUCUUUUACUAAUUUAAGACAACAGCUCUUUAUUAUUUAAGAUUUUAUUACAUUUUCUCCACGAUGGCCCAUUACAAAGGAGCAGCCAGCGAGGCUGGCAGAGCUAUGCAAUUAAUGAAGAAGAGAGAGCUCGCUCAACAAGAAAUAGAGUACAGGAAAAAGAAAAUAGAGGAAGAAUUAAAAGUAUAUAAUAUCGAAAAGAAAUUUGCAACACAUUACGAUGCUGUUGAACAACAGCUCAAAAGCUCCACAAUCGGUCUUGUUACAUUGGAUGAAAUGAAAGCCAAACAAGAAGACAUUGUUAGAGAAAGAGAAAAAAAAUUAGCACAAGCCCUAUUAAAAGACCAGGAAAUUGACAUAACAUUCAGUUAUUGGGAUGGUUCAGGACAUCGUCGAAAUGUGAUUAUGAAAAAAGGAAAUUCAAUUUACCAAUUUUUACAAAGAUGUCUAGAAAAACUUAGACCAGAAUUCAGCGAGCUCAAAACUAUCAUGGCAGAUCAGUUAAUGUAUGUUAAAGAAGACUUGAUACUGCCGCAUCAUUACACAUUUUAUGAUUUUAUAGUAACAAAGGCCAGAGGGAAGAGUGGUCCUUUAUUUCAGUUCGAUGUUAAAGAUGAUAUUAGAAUGAUAAGUGAUGCUUCUAUUGAGAAAGAAGAAUCACAUGCGGGCAAAGUUUUGCUUAGGAGUUGGUAUGAAAGAAAUAAACAUAUAUUUCCAGCGAGCAGAUGGGAACCGUACGAUCCUACUAAAACUUAUGAUAAAUAUACUGUAAAAGAUAAGAAGAAAAAUAAAUGAGAUGAAAAAUAUUAAGAGUAG